AUGGGGCGGCGUCAAGAUGUCGAGCUCAAGAGGGAAGAAGUGCGUGCUUUGAAGAUUCAUGCUCGCGUGAAGCCGGUCAAUCUAUCGAAAACUCUGUUUGAACUUGUGGAAUAUAUUACGCAGCGCGAGCGGAAUGAUCCACUUCUCUUCCCUCCUAAAGACAAUCCCUUCCGUGAAAAGAAGAUCGCAUGUGCUGUUCUCUAA